AUGGAAAAUGGUAAAUGUGUAAAAGAUGGAAAAACCUGGUUGAGGCAGGAGGCGUCAACUACCCAGCACCACCUGAAGAAUUGGAAGGAGCAUGUUCACAUAGGUUCAGGACUCAAAGCCAGACACAGGGAACCCAGACACAAUUUCCAUGUCAAAGAGCUGACGGAACAGGAUGGAUCAGCUUACCCAAGGAAGCUUUCAGUGAUGUUGUGGGUGGUGGCAACAUUGCUGACAGUGGUGGAAGAUGUGUUUUCUGAGGAAGACAAUAAAGAGGCUCAGUCAGAAAUCCAGCGUGUCCUCAGGGAGCCCUCCUGGUCUCCUGCAGAGGAUCUGGAACAGGACAGCAGUGUCUACAGACCCUGGCCUGAUGCUUUUAAAGAGUGGUCACUGAUGCGGGAAGAGGAAAUCCAGCAGGGCAGAUGGCGGCGCUCCCCUCGUGACCCAAACUCGCCCCGAUCGUCAAGGAGGAACCGCAAAAAGACCAAGAGCAGCCACGACUGCCAUUUGGAGAGGAAGGAGAUGCGGGUGCGGGAUCUUGGCCUCGGGUAUGAUUCAGAUGAGAUAAUCCUCUUUAAGUACUGUGUUGGCACAUGCCACAGCUCCCGCAAGAACUAUGACUUGGCCCUCAAGAGUCUUAUGGACAAUGGGAGCAUCUCCGGCAAAAAGGUGAGCAAUCACCCCUGCUGUCGGCCUACUCGCUAUGAGACUGUGUCCUUCAUGGAUACCCAGACUACUUGGCAGACAAUUAAGUGGCUCUCGGCAGCCAACUGCAGCUGUAUGGGUUAA